AUGGAUAAAAUUAGGGAGAUACCAUUUUUCUCCAAAGAGGUGAAGAAGAUAUGGGACGUGUGGAAUCUGCAGGGCUGUAUUCUCUUAAGUCUCUCACUGCAAGUUUCUCUGCUCUUGGCAUCAUUUCGGAAAAAAUGCAGAAGCAAAUUGCUACGAGGACUCAUCUGGUCUGCGUAUUUGCUCGCCGAUUGGAUUGCUGCUGUUGCAAUAGGGAUAAUCACCAAAUCCCAAGUUGACACUUGCGACCCGAAGGGCAACAAAGAUCUUUUGGCAUUCUGGGCUUCCUUUCUUCUACUCCAUCUUGGCGGCCCUGAUACCAUUACCUCUUUUGCUCUUGAGGACAACGAGUUCUGGGUUAGGCACUUGGUUGGACUAAUUGUUCAAGUUCUUGCAGCUGCUUGUUGUUUCUACCUGACACUUCAUAACAAGUUCUUGGUUCCGACAGUACUAGUCUUUGUUGUUGGAACAAUCAAGUUUGGGGAGAGAACUUGUGCUCUGUAUCUUGCUAGUCUAGACCAUUUUGGGGAGACUGUAUUGCCAAAGCCGGUGGCUGGACCUGACUAUGAAGAAACUGUAGCAAUCCAUACUUCAAUGAGGUCAGUCGCAGUCUCUACGACACAAGAAGUAGUGGUACCAAUCAGGCCAUAUAUUGGGGAUGCACAUAAAGAUCCAAAGUUUACGAUUAAGGGAAAUUCAAAAGAAUCUUUAAACGACAUGCAAUUGCUGCAAGAAGCGUAUUACCUCUUUGAGAGCUUCAAAAGACUCAUUGCUGGCUUUCUUCUCAGCUCCAAAGACCGAGAACUGAGUCGAGAUUUCUUCCUUAAAAGAACCUAUACUAGCGCUUUUCAGUUGAUAGAGUACGAGCUCAACUUCAUGUAUGAGGUUCUUCACACCAAGGUUAUUGUGGUGCGUCGCAAAAUUGGGUACACCCUCCGCUUAAUAAGCUUCUGUGCAACCAUUGUUGCCUUGGUGUUCUUCUUUUCGGUUGAAAAGAAAGAGUUUGUCAAGUUUGACAUUGAUCUUACUUAUGCUUUGUUUAGUGGAGCCAUUUUCCUGGACAUCAUAUCUGUCUUUAUGCUUAUCUUCUCUGACUGGACCCUCAUUGCCUUCAACAACACUAACAUUUGGAGCAGAUUUAUUGCUGCUGUAAUAAUGAAAAGAGGAAGGUGGUCUGGAUCGGUAUCCCAAUACAAUAUGAUAAAGAAUUGCCUGGAUGAGCGUCCAGAAUGUGUCUUUACUCUUGCCGGUUGUCUGGGUGUUGGGGGAAUUCUGGGCAGAACCAAAAUUGUCUACUUUUCAUCCUCAGAAGCAGUCACCGAAGAGCUGAAGUACUUUAUCUUCAGGCAGCUGAGGUUAAAAUCUCUGAAAGCAAACAACAGAAGGGAUGGAAUGGAGGCAUGUUCACAAAGAGGUGACUGGGCUCUGCUGCUGAAUUUAAACUAUCAGAAACUCAAAUGGAGCAUUGGGGAUUAUCAAUAUGCGGAAAGUGUUCUUCUCUGGCACAUUGCAACAGAACUCUACUAUGCUGAAAGUGGAACCGAGCAAUGUCCUGAUUGUCGUCAAGGUAGACAAGCAACACAAAGGGAAUGUGAUAGUGACAAUCGACUAAAACUUUGCAAUUUUUGUGAAAGUAACGCCAGGCGUAGUAUUUGCAAACUUGUUUCAGAUUAUCUGUUUUAUCUUCUGGUGAUGCAGCAUCCAAUGAUGGCCCCAGUUUUGGGGAAUUGGCAUAUAGUGUUCCAGGACACUUGUGCAGAGGCCAAGAGAUUCUUUCGCAAGCAUUCAGUAAAAGAUCAUAAGGAAGCCUGUAAAAAGAUUUCUGGUGUCGAAGCCAAAUUCAGAUCGGCUGCUGUGAAGGGAAGUAAAAGCAAAUCUGUGCUGUUUGAUGCAUGUAUGCUUGCAGAACAGCUUAAGGAGUUGGAGGCAGAUCAUGACCCAUGGAAGCUAAUGAGCCGGGUGUGGGUGGAAUUAUUGUCAUAUGCUUCCAUUAAAUGUAGACCGAUUGUACAUGCUCAGCAACCAAGUAGGGGUGGAGAACUGAUGACUUUCACUUGGCUACUGAUGAAUCAUCUGGGCUUGGGAACACAAUUCUACGAGCUGGAAAACCAAGCUGGAACAAAAAUGGUGGCAGACAAGUAA